UUUCAAGACAUCGCGAGGUGCUUGACGAUCUCACCGUGCUUUAACUGGGAACAGCUAGCUUAUGUGUCUAUCAGCAUGCUGGCAGACAGAAACAUGGCCAACACGAGCUGGAAGGCAGUGCAUGAUCUUCUGCAAGUCUCGCAAGUCGAUACUCGGACAACGACAUUACACAUCCAAGGACUUCUUCCGGCAGCAACGACUGACUAUCACAAUGCGACCGCUGAGAAUACAUCGCCGCCAUGACAAUCAUCUUUGUAUCAGUGCAACCUGCAAGACAUGGGUUCCGAAUAAGUGACCACUAGACCAUGCGCAUAGCCGGAGCUGGAGGCGAGCAUAUAAAAGGAACGUCGAAGACUGCUUCAUCCCUGGAUAUCAACUCUCUCAGUCUAUUUGUCAACAAGCCUUCCAAAGUCACUCAUCCUUCGCGCAACUAUCCUCAAGAUGCACUUCACCUCAGUCUUCACCCCUGCCGUGGCCCUUCUGGCCACUGCAGCUUCUGCCAGCCCUGUCGAGAAGCGUGCUGUCACCGCCGACCAGAUGGUCGCUACCAUCAACAAGAUUACUCAGCAGUCCAAGAGCCUAGCCACCAUUGCCGGCAACCUCAACCCCAUGUCAGGCGUACCUCUUCUCGGACCUGGCUCGGGCACUGGUAGUACCAGCUACCAGCAGCUCAUCACUGGCUUCCAGGGUAUCAUCACCACUGGCACCACUGCCAUCACCAGCAUGGAUGGUACCCAGGCAUACACCGACACCGCUGCUGAGCAGCAGGUCUGCGAUGCUUUCUCGAACUUUGUUGUUGUACACCAAAACCUGCUCAAGAUCGUUAUUGGCAAGUCUGGCCUGCUGGAAGGUAUCUUCCUCGGUCCCGUCGCUGCUGUACUCCGCUCGCUUGAGAAUGUUGUCGAUACCCUUGCUUUCGGCAUCAUUGACUCUGUCCCUUUUUGCGCCGACAAGGCUACAUCGGACAAGAACAACCUCGACGACACCCUUGGCAAGGCUGUGUGCGCCUACACUCCUGCUGGUAGUCUCGGCCUCAACCUCUUCUGCUAGAGAGUAAUGGAGGAUGACGCGGAACAGAUGUGGGAAUGUACAAAGAACAGAGUGUGAGAUAGUGUAGUAUAUGAGAGUAAUAAUCAAUUCUGACCUACCUGC